AAUUUUCAGAAGCCGCUACAUUCGUAUGACACCGCGUUUAUAGCAGUCCACUUCCGCGAGAUGGCUGUUGACAAGAAAAUAUUUUAUGUCAAAAUAUCAUCACCUGUUGUUGCUAUCUGCCAUUCCAAGAAAGUCCAAUGUAUAAUUGUUGACUCCAGCUGCUCUUUUCGUAAUAUUCAGGAGAAGAUUCUGGAUAAAAUUGACAUUGAUAACAAGUCUCAUGUCAUCAAGGCACGUAACAGUAAAGGCUCAGUGAUUACUCUAACUGGAAAAGUACCUUCAAAUACUUCUGACAAUCCUUACAACAUUGAAGUAAUUCCACAUUACUAUCAUGCAAAGCCAUUAUCCUUUGUAAACAGAGAUUAUCUGAGAGUAUUUGUUAAUGCAAAGUUAAAAUCUUUUACAAAAAGAUUAGAAGCAUUGCAAGAGGCUAUUCCUGAUUAUCCGAAAACUAUUGAAGAAAGAAUAUUAAAAGAUCUGCAACAAAAUUUGAAACCUACUCUAGAUUUCCUUGAUACUCGUUUGGAACAGUCCAGCUUAGCUUGCUGGGAAGGAAGCUUGAAACAGUCUCCUCUUUGGUGAUCCAUUCUCUGUUAACAUAUACACUCAUAUCCAUGUUGUUUAUCAAACCUCGCCCUACAUAUUUUUCAUCCGUUUUUCUUGAUAACAUGGGAGAUGGUUUCCACAAAUCUGUACAUUUGCAUGAUAUUGACAUAAAAAUGCAUUACAAUUGGAUGCAUUUCCUAGCACUACCCACUCAACCAUUCAAUGGGUAUGGGGAUGCUUUAUUCCUUGGUAUACUGAGGUGAGCAUGGGCAUGACACAAUGGGUGUAGUAGGAAUUAAACUGAACGAUAGCAAGUAAGCCAAAAUCUUAAUCCCACAGUCAUUAUGUCUUAUUAUGGCAGUAAAGAAAAACUGAUGUAAAAUGAGGAGAUGGAUGAUGAUUAUAUACACACAAAAUGUGUGAAUAUCUAUCUAUCUGUCUAUCUAUCUAUCUAUCUAUCUAUCU